UAGUCACGUGAUUUGGGCACGGCAGACAUAUUGGUGGUAAAAAUCUGGUUUCUAUGCACAAUCAACAAACGCUUUUAGGCACUUACCAUGGAUGAGUCGAGCAAAGAAAGAUAUUUAAAGAAAAUUUCAGAAAUCAAUAAUAUUGAUCCUUACACUUUGAAAGCAAGCCAGUGUAUUAAAGAUAACGAUUUGCUGCCCUCCUUGUGUUAUCCAGAUCUUUUCACUUAUCUUGUUCUACAACAAAGUGCUUACACAAAGGAUGAAUUCAAGGCUUACAAGAGUUUAGCAGCUUACAACCAGUUCCUAGAUGGCUGGGUUCAAGAGGUUAUGGCUUUUAAACCACACAACUGCCUAAAUACUGUAGUACUAGCAAAGGUUCUUCACUCUCAGCGGCUAGCAGAAAGGGUAUUGCAGCCCUGGAUAGUAAUAAAUCAAGAGGGUAUUAUUGUAUCAGCCCACUGCUCCUGUAUAGCUGGACUUGGCGAGUCCUGCACUCAUGUGGCAGCAACUUUAUUUAUGCUGGAAGCCAACACCAGACUCAAAGAGAGUAAGACAGUUACAGGCGUGUCAUCUUACUGGAUGAUUCCAUCGGGGCUUAAAAAAGUUUUGCCGACUAAGAUUUCUGAGAUUGACUUCACCUCAUCGAAAACAAAAAAAGUUAAGUUUGAUACUCUUGUGGACAACACCACUUCUAAAAAUACAAAUUCAAAGGCUAUUAAAUCCAAAGAAACUAUAAAGCUUACUAGCCAUUCUUUUAAUACAUUUAUUGAAAGUUUACAUAAUGACAGUUGCAAUUCUGCAACCUUAUCUGUUUUACCCCAUUAUCAAGAGUCUUUUCUCAAUAAAGUUAAAUAUCCUGUUCAAAUUAUUUCUUUUAGAAAUGAGAAUUACUGUAAUGUGACAUUUAACCAAUUAAUGGACUAUUGUCAAACAAUUGACAUAAAUUUUUCGGAUGAAGAAGCAAAAAGAGUAGAAAAAGCAACAAGAGGUCAGUCAGAUUCCAAACUUUGGUUUUCCAUGCGCGAAGGUCGAAUCACUGCUUCAAAAGUCUAUGAUGUUUGUCAUACCAGCAUUAAAAAACCUUCUAUUACAUGUCUAAAUUCAAUUAUUUCCUAUCAAGGGUGUAAAGCUACAAAAGCUAUGCAGUAUGGCACAGAAAAUGAAAAAAAUGCAAAAUUAGAGUAUAUUGCUAAUAUGCAAAAUCAUAUCAACUUUAAAUUGAAACAAUGUGGACUUUUUAUUCACAGUAGCUAUCCAUUUCUUGGUGCAUCCCCAGAUGCUAUUGUAAAAUGUAGUUGUUGUGGAAAAGGUUGUGUUGAAAUAAAGUGCCCCUUAAGUUUAAGUACGGGUUGUAAACAAAUUUCUGAUUUGUUAGGAGAAGCUAAUUUUUGUUUAGAUACUGUAAAUGAAACCAUACAAUUAAAACGUCAUCAUAGAUAUUAUUAUCAAGUACAAACACAGAUUUUCAUUUCAUGUAGUGAAUUUUGUGACUUUGUGGUGUGGUCUCCUUUUGAAUUUUUUAAGGAAAGAAUAAUCCCAGAUCAUGAACUAUGGUGCAAAAUACUCGGAACGAGUAAAAACUUUUUCAUGAAUUGUGUUCUACCAGAAGUUGUAGGUCUUUAUUUUACUAGAAACAAAGAAAUAGAGCCACCCACCAAAACUAAACAUGAUGAUAACAUUUUACUUGAUAGGUCUAACACACUCGCUAGUGCCACACCUAUUUGGUGUAUUUGUAAAGGGAAGGAUGAAGGCAAAAUGAUUAAGUGUGACAAUUCCCAAUGUUCUAUUAAGUGGUUCCAUUUUGAAUGCAUACAUUUAAAAAGAGCACCAAAGGGAAAGUGGUUUUGUUCUGAAUGUAAAACACUACCUGAUUGUGUAAUAAAAAGGAAAAAAGCUAAGUCCAUAGUAAAUUUAAAUGAUAAAUAA